UCAAGCACAAACUGAAACUUAAGAGAUGUGGGAUGGAUUGCAGUACGAGUGAUGCCAGCAGUGGUGUUGGCAGCACAGGUGAGGCGGGUGCUUUGCAAGCCUCGCCUCGUCAAGCUCGACUUGUUUCCUUCCCUCCGUUGUCUGAGCACGAUAGUCCGGGAACUCCUCGAUACCUCUGCAUUUAUCACCUCCAGUGUGUAUGUGCGUGUGUGUGAAACAAAUUAAUACGAGAACAACUGUUUAUAGCCACUAGCAUGAACGGCAGGAUCCGGUGGUGAUAAUGGAAAGAUGUGAAUUAUGAGGUGGACUAACUGCUGGAGAUGCUUAGUUGGUCUUUCCUGCUGUAUACCCGUCAUAUACCAGUUCUAAAAAUAAUCAGUGACCCCUGCCACCCUGUUGAGGAAGGCAAGGUGAACGUGUGCGCGGUGGUGACCUUAGCCACGAGAGGAUGGCUCAUUCCCAAGAAGAUAUCCAGAACAACAACUUCCAGGUAGAGCCGGACCCUCUCACCACCUCACCCACCGCCACACGCAUCAACAUCAACCAACCGGUAACAUCUACAGCAGUGUUUACCAGCUCCUCGGUCCUGGCACAGAUAGUAGCCAGGAAUCUGGAUAACCAGACAGAUGACACGGCGCCGAAUAGUCUAGGCAGCAUUACGUAUAACGAUGAGUAUUUGGAAGACCCGCUACCAGAUCUAACUCUUGAAAACCUGAGAAUUCCUGAAGAAUAUGGAGACCCUUCGCUCGGGUAUGAGUUCAUCAACCCAGUUGAGUCCGAGAGUCGCCUGGAUAACUCUGCCGCCCUCCUCAAACAACUGGAGGGGCUGGGCGUGAGGGUCAAAGAGGACUAUAUAUCCCUAGACUUUGACUUGACUUCUCGCAGCGCCAGCGUCAGUAGUGUGUCUGAUCCAGGGAGUGCUGGAGAGGAUCACGACCUGCCUUCCCUGAGUCACCUUGAAUCCCCACGUUAUCGAAAUCGCGGAGCCUUGUCUGGCCAAUCAGUUUUUAUCUCCUCCCGCCAGAGAGAACACGUAUGUUUGGAAAAGUUGGACCGAUUGCAAGAAGACGAUCACGAUGAAGUGUUCGCGGCAAUAGAAGAAUUAGACCACGAAGUUGCAGAGGCAGAAAUCCUACCCUCUGGGGGUGUUAAGGUAACCUAUGAAAAUUACAAGAAGGAGUAUCGUCCCAGGAUCAGUCCUCAUCACAAUUUUUUAAAAUUCCUGGAGACGGUGCACAGCGGGGCAGUGACGGAGGAAGUAGCAGAUGUGAGCCCUGAGGCUUUGUCUGAACCCUUGAACACUUUUGAAGCUCGCUACAGGCGAGCACUUCUAGCCUUCCAGAGAGGAGUUUUAAGAUCAGACCUCAGAGUACGGAACCUCUCAACAUUACCCAGCAAGUAUGCUCAAAAGCUACGCAAAUUUUUAGCUGAAGAAGUGAGCUACAAUGCUGUCACUCCUGACAGUGGUGUCCAUGAGACCUUCAAUGCACUCUCCCCUGAAGAACAGGAAAAACAGAGAGAAGAAUGGAAGUCUGAACUAAUCAAGAGGACCUCAGAAGCCCAGCUGAACUACAUCACAUCUUGGUGA